AAAUGUGUGUUGUUCUCCGGCGGCCAUGACAUAAUAAUUAUUAUUUAUUACCUUUAAACCUGGCUAAUAACUUGUAUUUAUAGCAUAAUGUUUUACCACCCAUCGGGAGCCACUACUACACCGAGCAAUAGCAUAAGUCGUGAUAAAUGCUAAUGCAAACAGGAUAAGUGAUUCGAACGCGUCGGUCGCAGUAAAACUCGUGCGUGGAUAGUGCGACUGGAUCCGUGUAUCGAAAAAAAAUAAUACUGUCGAGUGGCGAUAUAAUAUUGUAAUUUAUUCAAAUGCGUGCUGACAUUUGUGUUUUAAAUUUCGUAUCGGUUAGAUUUAGCGUUCCAUGAAAUUUGUCGACAUUUCUAUGGAUUUACAUAACCACAAAAGUUCGGCAGUUCAAAAACUGGCAUUAACCCAAAUUGGAUUGAUUUUUUCGUUGUUUUCAGUAAUUAAUUGUUCUAACAACACUUUCGCAUAUACCGUCGCAAACAUGUCCAUCAAUCCCGUAGUAAUAUCUUCGUCUGUUAAACAGACUGCCACUGUCAUAUUUCUUCAUGGUCUUGGAGAUUCAGGAAAUGGCUGGGCCGAAGCUAUGACACAAAUAAGACAACCUUACGUGAAAGUUAUAUGUCCAUCUGCGAGUCCGAUGCCAGUAUCUCUAAACCAAGGAUUCCGUAUGCCUUCAUGGUUUGAUUUGUUUACAUUAGAUGAAUCAGGUCCAGAAGAUGAAAAUGGAAUUAAAGAAGCUGCAAAAUUAGUGCAUUCAAUUAUUGAUCGUGAGAUAGAAGCUUCCAAUAUACCAUCAUCUCGUAUUGCCCUUGGUGGAUUUUCACAAGGUGGAGCUCUUGCUUUGUAUUCAGCUUUUACUUAUAACAAACCAUUAGCUGGAGUUAUGGCUUUAUCAUGUUGGAUACCAUUACAUAAAACAUUUCCAGCAGCUGCUAAAAGUAACAAAGAUAUGCCAAUAAUUCAGUGUCAUGGAGAUUGUGAUCCAAUUGUACCACUAAAAUGGGGUCAACUUACAGCAUCCAUUCUUAAGUCUUUUGCUAAAAAUACUGAACUGAAAACAUACCGAGGAUUGAUGCAUAGUUCAUCUGAUAUGGAAUUAAAGGAUCUUAAGAAGUUUCUGGAAACGGUCCUCCCUCCAGUGUGAUUCGUCUAUCAUCUUAAUAUAAAUUUAAAAUUAAUAUUGUUGACAUCUAGAAUAUGGAUUGAAUAUUUAUAUAUAUAUUUAUAUAUAGGUAUAUACUUUUUUGUAGUGUAUUUAAUUGAAUUUCUUAUGAUGAGUUUUUACUUUUAUUGCUAUAUUUAGUGUAUAUAACAUUAUUGUUGUUACUUCUUAUUGGCAUAUUUAUAGUUAAUAUACAACCGGUAUAAAAUAUACUUAUUAGUUAUUAAGUAAAAUAAGUAUAAAUUCACAUUACCAAAUUGUUUUUUUUUUUUGUUUUUGGUAAUUAUCACGAGACACUAUUGAACAAUUAAAUACUUCGAACUUAACUGAUUAAGUAUUUUGAUAAUUAUCAGUUACUUAUAAAAAUAAAUAUAAUUAUUAUUUAUACUUAUCAUUAAAAAAAUUAUAUUGUCUAUAAACAUUAAGAUUCAAGAGUAUUUUUUGGUGUAUGUCUAUUGCAAAAUGAUGGCAGUGAUAAUUAUCUAUUACCACCAAUGCUACUACUCAAUAGUUUUGUUAUGUUGUCAUAUGAUUUUCUCAACAGCUGUGCAGUGUGCAUUUAUCUAUAUUCUAUCCAGCAAGAGAACGUGCCACGAGCUCACCAAAAUUUGUUUUGAUAGCAUCGUGAUGUAGGAGGAUGUGCAGCAUUGGCGCCAUUCUCUCGUUGGAUAGAGUAUAGUAACAUUGUAAUAUAUUAAACUACAAUCAUCCACAAAUCACUUAAUACAUUUUUCAGCUAUAGUCCCACACAAUAAUCUGUAUUAUAGUGGUAAAGGAAAGGGAACAUGUUAACUGACUGAAUUGCACAAAAACUGGUCACUAUUGAGAAGUACAUUUAAUAUAAAAGAAAUGGAAUAAAUAUAUAAAUAAAUAAAAAAUUAAUAAUCAA